CAACACCGCUCCCAGCAGCUCUAACAACAACAGCGACGACGAGAGAAAGAACGAGAAGAAGACCAACCUUCCUUCUCUCCAAUUCUCGACGCUUCUCACCUCUCGAUCAGUUACAUUCGUUGCAACCCUUCGGACUCCGAUGGCUCCUCCCACACCGUCACCACGAAGCACUCCUACUACUCCUCGUUACCACUCCAAGACCACCAACCUCACCCCUACUCCCCAGCAAUCCAAGCACCGCCUCCUUCACUUCCCCAGCCCCAACCCCAUCGCGAAGGCCCCCGCUGCAGCCGCUCCCACGCCGCCUCCUCCCCCGGGCGAGCACCCCGUCGAAGUCAUCGGCCGGAUUCGCAACUACCCCGCCGAUCAUCGCAAGGACAAGCCGACGUCCUCCGUCCUCGAGAUAUCUGGCGAUGGCCGCUCCCUCCGCGUCCGCACCGACGUCGGCUACCGCGACUUCGCCCUCGACGGCGUCUCCCUAUCCGAGCACGAGGACCUCGAGGCCUUCUAUCGCCGCUUCGUGGGGUCCAGAGUUGAGGGCGUGCGCCUGGGGGCCAAGUGCACCAUCAUGAUGUACGGUCCCACCGGUUCCGGCAAGAGCCACACCAUGUUCGGCUGUCCCAAGCAGCCCGGCAUCGUGUACAUGGCUCUCAGGGACAUCUUGGGAGGAGGAGGAGAAGGCGAUGGUCCCGAUGGCAGCUCCUCUGACGCAGCCGUCGACGGCGACGAUGACGAAGGCGGCGGACUCCUUUCUGGUCUGUUCGUCAAGGUCGCGGUAUUGGAGAUUUACAACGAAGAGAUCUACGAUCUUCUCUCGGGGGCUCCCAACGGGGCCGGAGGAGGAGGAGGAGGACCCACCGUCGGUCCUCCCAAAGGCAAUAAUACGCCCAAGGUUCGGCUGGAGGUGAUGGGUAAAAAGGCUAAAAAUGCAAGUUACAUAUGCGGUAACGAAGCAGGGAAAAUUACAAGGGAAGUUGCCAAAGUUGAAAAGCGGCGGAUUGUUAAAAGCACUCUCUGCAAUGAAAGAAGUUCACGUAGCCACUGCAUGAUAAUUUUAGAUGUUCCAUCUGUGGGAGGAAGGCUGAUGCUGGUUGACAUGGCCGGUUCUGAAAACAUAGAAGCAGCCGGUCAAAUUGGUCUCGAAGCAAAGAUGCAGACAGCUAAAAUAAACCAAGGGAAUGUUGCUCUCAAAAGGGUGGUUGAAUCCAUUGCAAAUGGUGAUUCUCAUGUUCCGUUCAGGGAUAGUAAGCUUACAAUGCUUUUACAGGAUUCCUUUGAAGAUGAUAGGUCAAAGAUUUUGAUGAUUCUGUGCGCAAGUCCUGAUCCCAGGGAAACUCACAAGACUGUUUCUACUCUUGAAUAUGGAGCUAAAGCAAAAUGCAUAAUCCGUGUUGCUCAUAUGCCAACUCCAAAGGAGAAGGUGGACGCUGAUGAGUCUUCUUUACUCCUAAGGUCAAGAAUUGUGGCGAUGAACCAGUUCAUCUAUAAACUACAAAUGGAGAAUAAGCUUAAAGAGAAAGAGUGCGAUGAUGCCCACAAAAAGCUAUUGCAGAAAGAAUCAGAACUUACAGAGCUCAGAGCAAAGGUCCGACUCUUUGAAGAAAGAGAAGCAGAAGUCAAGGAGGAAGAGAUCAACUUGAAGGUUGGCCAAAGAACCAAGACUUUACGACUUGAAUUGAUGAAGAUGGAAGAUAGAAUGUUACAACAGCAAGAGGAGCUUAAUAUGCUUAGGCAGAGACUUGAGGAAGUGGAACUUGAAAGAGGUAAAAUUUCUGGGGAUGUGUUGCAGGACAUGGAUGGAGGAAGUCUUAUGAAGCGGCUAGAAACUUUUGCAAGAGAACAAGGAAUGGUGAAAUCUAUGGAUUUGGACAUGGGAGAUCAACAGGAUACUUACGAGGUAAAGGAGAUAAAGGAGGACUCCAACCAGCUUGAAAGCUACCAGAAACUAUCCCAACUUAGUCCUUGUCUUUUGGCUUUCGAAGAGGACACUGGUGCUCAUAUGCUUAGACUCCCAGACAAGGUGUGCUUGAGCACUGUUUUUGAGGGAGAUGAAGAAGGAGAAGACAGAGAAAGCAUUGAAGAUGAGGUUGACAAGGAAGUAGUAGAUGAGAACAUGAACCAUGCAAUUAAGAUUAAUGGCUUGAUUUCUUUGGUAGAUUCGGGAUUGAACGGAGACAAUGAUCAUGCAGAGUACGGCAGUGAUUUAAUGCAAAAGCAUGUAGGAGCAGAAAGCAACUUUUUUGAGAACACUAGAGAUCCUGUCUCUGCUAGAAAAACACGUAUCCAGAAUAUUUUCAGACUUUGCGGCAACUAUAGAGAGCUAGCUCAACAGGUAAAAGUUUCCUCUCCUUUGAAGAGUAGACAUCAAGAUGAAAACAGGCAAUCUCCCUUGGCAAAUGGCAAGGAGUUUGGAUCAAAGUUAGGCUCAAAAGCAGACCAAUCACAACUCACACCUAAAAGCAAGUUUCUACCUGAAUCACCGGUCAUGGAAAGCCCAGAUUCUGCAAUACUGGUGCCAUUUGCAUCACUUCAGCUCAGGGAUGAGGAAAAAUCAACAGAUCAGCAUUCGAAAAGAUGUGUUUCUUCUGAACCAUCAAAAGCUUUUAAAGAGAAUUACAGCCCUGGACAGGUUGGUACAGACGGAUUUGUGGACAUAUAUGUGAAAUGGGAGGCCUCCAAGGAAUUCUCAGGGAAUCUGAUCAGGAAGCUUAAGGUGUCCAAGAAUUCCAGUCUUGCUGAUUUGCGCAAACUUGUCGAGAUCAGUCUUGAGGAAGGCAACAAUAAAUUUACAUUUCUCAUGCUUGGGGAUCCUUCAGGAGCUCCAGUGGCCAAGGAAAGGGAAGCAUGUACUCAAGUCAACAAACUGCCCAUUUGCAACAACCAGCUUAAUUCUCAUCUUGCCUGCUUGCGCCCCAUCAAGAAGGGAAUCCAAAAGCCAGAUCACGUUCCAUUUGAUUCGAUAGAGAAUACACUCCCCGUCAAGAAGGGAAUCCAAAAGCCAGAUCACGUUCCACUUGAUUCGAUAGAGAAUACACUCCCAGUUGGACAAAAUUCUCAGUUUUCGGAAGUACUUUCACCCAAGUUCAGUGAGAUCAAUGCAAACUGUCUCACAGGACUUCAGGUGUAGUCAACGUAUGCGAUGUAGGCAAGUAUAUAUUAUCAUCAGAUCAUUUAUACAGCAUUCAUUAUGUGGUUUUAGUGUCUUUUCCACAAGAGACUCAAGGAGAUCGUGUUGUUAUGUGUAUACCUGCCUUGGUACAAAUACCUUUCAUGCUUUAUUGAAAGGCCUAUUUCUAUUCGCCUAAUGAAUUUUCUUGGCAUAUUUGUGUAGGCUUGUAGGUAAACCUAUUUCCUGACUGUCAGAUGUUGUUCAUGAUUCUCAUUGAGAUAGACAGACAUUUUGUCAUUUUA